AGGCCGGCGGGGGGGCCCGGGCUCCGCGGGCAGCCGGGGGCCGGCCCGACGGACAUCUCCGCCUCGUGCCUUCUGUGGGCCUCUCGGCCGGCCGGGGCGGCGGCGGCUCCCGCAAGGAGGGCUCCCUCCUUAGGGACCCAGCUUCCCCGCAGUCGGACAGACAGACAGACACUCCCCCGGACGGAGCGACGGAGUCCUUGCCCACCCCAGCCUCCCGACCGCGCGCGGCCUGAGCGCCUGCCACCGGGCUCCCGGUCCCCGCCGCGGCAGGACUGGCAGGUGCACGCCCCGGCCCGGGGGGCGGGGCGACGGUGGACCGAGCGCCUUCGGGGCAGACGCGCGACCCUGGCGGAGAAGCUCUGCCCCUGAGCGUGGCCGGCGCCGGCCCACGCCCCCCUCCCACCAGGGUCCAAGGCCGGCAGGCCCGGAGCUCCUCAGGCCCCGAGCUCAGGGCCCUGCUUGCUCCUCACCACCUGCCAGGACCACCCAGGCCGAGGAAUCUCCAGCAUCACCAUGGACCCAGAGUGCUCCCAGCUCCUCCCGGCUCUCUGUGCAGUUCUGGCAGACCCCAGGCAGCCCGUGGCAGAUGACACCUGUUUGGAGAAGCUGCUGGAUUGGUUCAAAACGAUAACCAAAGCUGGGUCCAGUCUCCUGUUAUUACAGGAGAACCCCUGUCUGGUGGAGCUGCUGUGUCAUGUGCUGAAACCCCAGGACCUGAGUUCCAGAGUCCUCUCCUUCUCGCUCCGCCUCGCAGGGGUAUUUGCAGCCCAGGAAGAUUGCUUCCAGUAUCUUCAGCACGGGGAGUUGCUGCCCAGGCUCUUUGGGGAGCCAGGGCCCCUGGGAGGAGCCGCCUGGACUGCCCCCUCAGUGCGCAGUGGCUGGAUCCAGGGCCUGCGCUCCCUGGCACAGCAUCCUAGUGCCCUGCAUUUCCUGGCUGACUGUGGUGCCGUUGACACCAUCUUCUCCCUGCAGGGAGAUUCCAGCCUGUUUGUGGCCUCGGCAGCUGGGCAGCUCCUGGUGCACAUCCUGGGCUUGUCCAUGCAAGGCCUAGCCGAGGGACACCCCAGCCUGCAGGCUGGUGAUUGGCCAGUGUGUGCCCAGAAGAUCGUGGGUCACAUAGAAGAGUCCCUGCACUCCACAGCCGUCCCUCAGAUCACACAGGCUCUAAACGUCCUGACCACCACGUUCGGGCACUGCCAUGACUCUUGGACACAAGUUCUGUGGGUACGGCUGAGUCCCCUAGUAGGCAGUCUACUUGAGAAAGACCCUGUCCCAGCUGCACACUCGCUCGUGGACCUCCUCCUCAGUGUGGCCCGUUCUCCUGGGCUGAGCUCUUCUAGCUGCGGCCUGUGGGAGACUCUGGCUCAGACUCUGAACCAUCUGAGCCCUACUCAAGCAGGGCCGCUGGCGUUAGGGAUCCUGAAACUGCGGGACUGUCCACAGGUGCUGAGGGCCCAGGCCUUUGUCAUUCUUCUCCAGCCUCUGGCCUGCAUCCUUAAAGCCACAGGUCAGGACCCCGGACCCUCAGAUGUGCUGGACAGUGCCACAGGUGACUCUCUGACAGUGGACCUGCUCCUCUCCUCCAAGGCGGCCUGUGUGGGUCUCCUGUGCCGGACUCUGGCCCACCUGGAGCUGCUGCAGCCGCUACCCCAGCGCCCCUGCCCCUGGCCUCAGGAGCCCCUGCUUGGGGCCGCGGUGACCCUGCUGCAGUUAUGCAGGGGCUCAGCAAGCCCUGCCUCUGACGUGGGGCGCCACCUCUGCGCACUCCUGCUGGGCUGCGUGCGGGUGCAGCGGGCGGCCCUGGAUUUCCUGGGGACGCUGUCUCAGGGGACAGGCCCCCAAGAGCUGGUGACGGAGGUGUUUGCUGUCCUUCUGGAAUAUCUCAGGAGCCCAGACUCCAGCCCCACGGUUCUGAAGAAAGCCUUCCAGGCCACAUUCAGGUGGCUCCUGAGCUCACCCAAGACCCCCGGCUGCUAUGAUCUAGAACCCCAUGCUCUGCUGGUCCUGAGAGAGCUGCUUCCUGUGCUGCAGAAGCGUCUGUGCAGCCCCUGCUGGGAGGUGAGGGACUCCGGCCUCGAGUUCCUGACUCAGAUGACCAGACACUGGGGAGGGCAGGCUGGCUUCAGACAUGCACUCCUCGCUUCGGAGGUGCCCAAGCUUACCGAGCAGCUCCUACGAGACCCUGAGAGUUACGUCCGUGCCAGUGCAGUGACCGUCAUGGGGCAGCUCUCCAGCCAGGGGCUGCAUGUCACCCCUGUGAGCCCUGAGCACCCAGGGGGCCAGCAGAAGAGUCUGCUCUUGGAGCUUCUGCAUAUCCUCUCCACAGAUUCAGAGGGAUUCCCGCGGAGAGCCGUCAUGCAGGUCUUCACCCAGUGGCUGAGGGACCACCAUGCUGACGUGGCGGGGGACACAGAACAGUUUAUGGCCAGGGUGCUCCAGGUCGCCAGCCAGGAUCUGGACUGGGAGGUCCGGGCCCAGGGCCUGGAGCUGGCGCUGGUAUUCCUGGAGCAGACACUGGGCCAGUUCCACUCCCACUGUCCCUAUGCUGUGACCCCACCCGUGGCGGCCCCAGCUGGCCCACUGGCCCAGGCCCUGCAGCCACUAUGCCGAGUGCGGCUCUUUGAGUUUGCCUUCCGUGCCUUGUUUGACUGUGACCGACCUGUGGCUCAGAAGUCCUGUGAUCUCCUCCUCUUCCUGAGGGCCAAGACUGCUUCUUCCUCUGGUAGCCUGCAGGAGUCCAGGAGCGGCCCAGAUGUGGCCUCCGUGGAGGCUGCCUUGCAGAGGUGGCAGGCAGGUGAUCAGGGCCAGCCCCUGGGGGACCUGGAGCCCGAGGUCGUGCUGGCUGUGCUGAGGUCUGUGGACCUGGAAGGCCUUCGGGGUGCGUUAGCCGAGGGCAGUGACCACAUGGAGAAGAGCCCUCAGUCACUCCUGCAGGACAUGCUGGCCACGGUGGGCGUCCUGGGUGAGAACGAGGCCGACUGCUACUGAGCCAGCCCAGUGGCAGCGUCCCCAGUGUCCCUCUCCCCUGUGCCACGUCCCUUCCUUGGGACUGUUGUCCUGAGAUCUCUGGUUGACCUGGCUGCACGAGGGACUAUUCAGGGAGACCGGGACCAGGUGAGCCCAGCAAGGUUGAAGAGUCCAUCUUGAUGUAUUAUUAAAGAAGUGGCUUAUUUUUUACUCAAAAUAAAUGGCAUUUGAUGGUG